AAGAAACCAACAUUGAAAUCUGUCCGUUAGUGCAAUCCCGCAUCAUUGAUGAUUCUUAUGUGGCGCCUACCACUAUAUCUGAUCGAAAUUUAUUUCCGAGGGCUGGUGGCGGUUGAUCCGGUGGGCUCAUCGCAAACUUUGCGUAGUUAACCUUUAUAUGGAGACGUUUAGCAGUCGAUAGCUUUGGCGGUAGUGACAAAAGAGCAUGGAUUUGAUAGGCGAUAUCGUUGAAAAAGAAGUUGAUGAUGCUAUAGCACCAAGCUUUCCUGAGUCAUCGGGGUCUUUUACUGGGUUUCCCAAACCUGUGGUGAAGAGCACAUGGAAACAGAGACAAGCGAAGAAGAAGAACAACAACAACAACAAUCUCAAUUAUGAUAACUUAUCCGAAGCUGAGAAGAUCCAUCUAGAGAACAUCGAGAUUCUUAGUAAUAUGACUGAAGCUGAGAGAAUCCGCGAGAAGGAGGAGCUCUUGGGCUCGAUGGACCCAAGGAUACUGCAAAAGCUGUUGCUGAGAAGCGAGGAGAAGUUGUCAAAGAAGAAGUCUGUGAAUCCUGUUCCAGAGUUCAAAGGGUAUGGCGAUUGGAUCGGUGGUGAUAAGAACGGUGAAGAGUGGAAGGAUCAAACAUUGGAUGAGGAAGCUGUUGACAUGGCUUUGGGCAUCAAAUCUUCUCUGAAGAUAGAAGAUAAAGAUCAGACUCCAAAACCCACAAAAUCAGUGUCAUUUGAUCCUGUGAGUACCGUGAAGUACCCCGAUGACGGUGCUCCUGAUCCCGAAUGGGAAGACGUUGAAGAUCUCGACGACAUUGCGCCGGAAUCUUACCAGCUAGUAAAGGAAGCGGAUGAGGUUUCUAAAGAGGAGGCCAUUUCCAACGUACACUUCCUCAAGCCCGAGGUUGUUGACGAGGACGACAUCUACAUCGAUAUCAACGACCCUGACUUCAACGAGAAACUACACGAGAAGUAUUUUCCGGAUCUACCUAGAGAUACUGAGAAGCUGAAGUGGAUGACACCAAUUCCUGAUGUUGCAAUAGAUGAUAUGGUGUUUGACAAUGUUUCCGACCUGAGGUUUGAUUUCAAGGGCGAUUUGGUCGUGCCUAACGCUGAACAGUCCGUUGACACCUCCACUGGACUACACCACCAUACCGAUAACGUCUCCUUAGCCGGAUACACACUGCGUGAACUCGCACACCUGAGCCGUUCAAGCAUGAGCUCCCAACGGUGCAUUGCAAUCAGAACGCUGGGGAGAAUCUUGCUGAAAUUGGGCAAGGGCAAGUACAACAUCCCAGAUGCGGAUGCCAUGAAGAGAGCAAACACUGAAUUCGAUCAAACCUUCUGGGGCCUCAUUGAUGAACUACGAGUCAUAGAAACCUUGGAGGAAGCUGCUGAUGAACAAGCUACAAAGAACCUCAGUGUAAGAAACUAUGCCAUUGAGGCACUCUGGCUAUGGAAACAGGGAGGUGGUAACACCAGACACGCCAAUUGA